AUGACCAUCAUUGAAUUUGGCUUCUUCACUACAAAGUCGCAUUGCGGACGUCCACGCCUGACGGCCAGAUGGGGUCGCUUCGAGCACCAGAUCCAGGUUCGAAACAUGGCCUCUGCCCUUGAAGGCGUGAAUACAGGCCUUACCAUGGCUGAACGCUUGCUUCCUACACAUCGGGAGUGCAACAUUGAUAUUAAAAACACCUCUGCUUUCAUCCUGUGCAACCCGAAGUCUCACAGUGUCAGUGGAUACUGUAAUGAUCCUCUGCCUCCGACACUCAACCCAUCCGAAGAAGGCAAAGGUUGCUUCAUCAAGACUGCCCACACAGCCUGUGGGUCUGUGGGCGUCUUCACCUAUGACAUCUUCCAGCAACAUGAAAAUCAGUACAUUGGAAAAAUAGCUGUGAUGUUCUCUAAUCCGUAUGACUUUAGUUUGUACUCUAACUGGUACGCUGUGGGAGUGCUCGGAAUGGAAAAGUCCUGUGACUAUGAGCUGUAUAAUGAGAUGUAUAACGGGGUGCAGAUGGGAUUUGUCAGGGGUAAAGCCUCUGGGAGCAGUCUCACUCACGAUGGCUCUUCAGUGGGCAUCACUGCCAGUAUGUCAGACAGCUAUCAGCCUGUCCUCAAGAUCAAGGUCUACAACAGGGGUCGGCAAUAG